GGUUUUUUUUAACACUUUCUUUGAUAUCUUCCAGCUCCUAUAUUUUUUUUCUGUUUAGUAAGGGUUACGACAGCUUUGCUGGAAAGCGUUACUUAUAAAAAUGGUGCUUUCAUUAAUAGUAACUCUUUUUACAGCCCCGUUGGAAUUUCUUUACUGGAUUAAAUGGGCCAUCGCUUACGUCGCAAUCCGCAUCCACAAUGCAUUCCAUGGCAGAAGAUUUGACUUGUAUGACAUCCGAGUGGUCAAUGAACCGGUUAAGUUGGGCGUCCUCCUUCCACAGAAGGAAAAGGAUUUAGAAUCACCACAACCGGAUUCCCACUUAUUAGAGCAUGCUGACGAAGUCGCUUUCUACGGUGUCAACUCAAAGUCAGAAUGCUUGCUUGUCCGCAUAGCAAGAGGUUGCAACCAAGUGGCGGAUGCAUGGAUCUAUCUAAAGCUGGCCAAUGGCAAAACUUACAGCCUUACUGAAACAAUGGGUUACCAGCAAUCCUCGGAUGGAAAUGAUCGCACUUUUUCUUGUGGUAAACUCCAAAUGCAGUAUCUAUCCCCUAUGAGGAAAUGGAGAAUAUUCUAUUGUGGAAUGUUAAAGCAAACCUCGGAAGAUAAACAUGAUGCUGAAGAAGUGGUAUUUGUCAAGUUUGUGUUCUUAUGGAAAGCUUCGUCAGAUGUAUAUGACUGUACACUGGACACAAAUCCUGAGGGCUUUGCAGACGCCAUGGCAAGAUCGGAAUGGAAAAUACCUUUUAUGCCACCGAUUAAAAAGUUUACUGAAGCAUUGGACUUUUACGCUCAAACUGGUGUGAUAGCGGGAACUGUUUCAAUCAAUGCUGGAGCCGAUUAUGAUUUAUAUCUCUUUGGCGAAAGAAUGAGAAGUCUCGGUAAAAGUGCAAAUAUUGCCGGAUGCAAAUUCACAACAAUUUUAGGAAACAUUCCUGCGAAUGGUCUGAGUUUGCACUUAUCGCACGCCUCUGCGCCAUACUUGUUUAAAAACGCACCUUUUGGAUUCACCGUUGAUCCCGAUGGAAACUUGUGGAAUCUUAAGGAUUUGGAUAUCACUAUCAAACCAUUCUCCGUCAAAAGGGCUGGAAGUUCCUUCCAGGUACAUUUCCAAGCAGAUGAAAAAUAUGAGAUUUAUGGAAAUAUAGCAGAUCCAAUCGUUUUCUACAGUGGUCAAGGUUGGAGCGGAUUUCUCGAUUUGUCUUACAUUGAAUUUACUUACAAGAAUAGGAGAGGAAGUGGUUUAAUGUUGACAGGAGAAGUUUAUAAAGAACCGAAGCGUCCAGCCAAGAUUUUGCCACCCAAAAAACCACCAAUAAUUGUUCCCCUGACCGUACCAUUCAUCGAUGAAGCAUCUCACUUUGGAGAAAUUUCCGGAGGAAAAGGAUCAUCUCUGGGAAUGUUGACGCAAAUGAGUAAAGAAGAAAAAUCGUUCAUAGUGCCUAAAGGAAUCAUUGUUACAACAGCAGCAUACGCCGAAUUUUUAACACCAGAAAUACUUGAAGCUGUGAAAUAUUUGGAAAAUAUUGCAUACGGGAACACGAAAGGAGAUUUAAUAGCUGCUUGCAAGAAAGUUGCAGGUAUCGUGGAAAAGACGCCAUUACCUAAAAAAAUUUGUCACAGUAUCGUCGAAGAUCUGAAAGAAGUAUUCAAAGACGAAGUGAGUCAAAAGAAGUUUGCAGUUCGGUCUUCUGCUACAGGAGAAGAUACUGCAGCGAUGUCUGCCGCGGGACAAAUGGAUACAUUUCUUGGGGUACAAGAUCUUAGAGAGAUUUUUUCUGCAGUUAAAAAAUGUUGGGCAUCCCAGUUUGGACAUAUUGCUGUCGAAUACAAAAGACGCUAUGGGCAGAUACUGAAUUCUCCAAUGGCUGUUGUCAUCCAAGAAAUGGUGGCUUGUGAAGUUUCAGGCGUGAUGUUUACUUGUGAUCCUGUCACUAACAAUCCAUCCAUUAUCACCAUAACUGCUAAUUAUGGAUUAGGAGAGACCGUGGUUUCCGGAUCCGUAGAGCCGGACACCUUCACCAUUAAAAGAAAUGAAACCGGAAAGUUGAAAAUGGAUUCUGUCAUUCUUGGAAGCAAACAUCAGAGAAUUGUCAUGCAAGACUCUGGAGGAACAAUAACUGAAGAUCUUGGAGAAGAAUCGAAAAAUGAAAGCUGCUUAUCUGAGCAAACUGUCAUCAGACUUGCAAAAUUAGGAAUUAAGAUUGAAAAGUACUAUAAAUCCUCUAGAGACAUUGAGUGGGGCAUUUUGAAUGACAAGAUAUACAUUUUACAAUCUCGUCCUGUCACAAAUGCUGCUGCUCCAACGGAUGAGGAAAUCAAACAUGAAUUCGAUUCGCCUCUCAGAUGCGAGAAUGAAUACACGACCGUCGCAAAUGUUGGGGAAGUCAUGCCAGGUGCAAUGUCACCUAUGGCUAUAGACCUUAUGGUUAAAUUCUUUGGUGGUGCUCUUGAAAAAGCAGCUUUGGAAAAAGGAUUUGUAGACAAUUUUUGCAAAAGCAAAUAUUUCCAGCCAGGCAUUCUGACAUUUUGCAAUCACAUGAUGAUGACCGUUGUAGAGGCGAUUACUCGGUAUGGAGUCAACACACCUGCAUCCAAAGGUUUUAUGAUUAGCAUAUUUGGGCGCAUUUUGGACGAUCCGGAUUUGCUUGAUUACGCCUACGAGAAAGUAAAAGAAGGAGUGGAACAAUCAUGGUUUUUUAAUUUGAGAUAUUAUUGGGACUUAUUUUUCUUUGACUUUAAUCUUCCAAAACUCUGGGAAAAGGUGUUUGAGUAUCAUAUGGGUUUCAUGAAAUAUGACACUGCCAAUGAAACUUUUGAUGCUUUGAUGAAAUCUUGUUCCGAUUUUGAUGAGGCAGCAAAAAAGCAUAUGGAGUGCACGGAAAAUUCUUCAAAUUGGAAUAUGGCCAUGUUUUCGAUUUUAUGCCAAGCAAAAGAAACUGUCGACAACGAUAUUUACAGUGAUUUUGCUAGAUUUUUAGCAACAUCAUCGAACGUGGAAAGUGCGAACAUUCCUCAUGCCAUGCAGGAAGUGGCUAAUCAAAUAGCUAAAGAUUUUAGUGUUGAAAAAUUCAAAUCUAUGUCAGUCGAGGAAGCUGAAAAUUGGCUACAAACUUCAACUACAUUGGCUGGAUAUAAAUUUAGAACUUUUCUUAAAAGGCAUGGCCACAGGUGUUUAAAGGAAUUUGAUAUCUUUUCAAUCCCAUGGGGAAUGGAUCCUAAGCAGUUGGUAAAACUUUUACAGAAUCUCGCAGGUAUUGGUAAAGAAGAAACAAAACAAGAAGAUGACAGUAUCGAUAAAAUAUUUUCACAGCUUAAUGUUCCAUUGACUUUCAUGUCCAAAUUGAAGCUUAGAUUUGUUUUGCCGAACUGCCGAAGAGGAGUCAGAGCUAGAGAAACUUCGAAAUCUAUUAUCGUCAAAGCAAUGGAUCAGUGGAGAAAAGGUUAUCGUCGCCUUGGGAAGCAAAUGGUGGCGGAAGGACGCUUACCAGAGGAAGAUUUACUCUUUUUCCUUACUCUUGAUGAACUUAAUGAAUUGUUGAAAACCAGGUCACCCAGUAUUGUUACAAGAGCAAUUCAUCGCAAAAGAGUCCACCCAAUUAUUGAUGAUUACAAAUUUCCGGAAAUAAUGAAAGGCUCGCCGAAACCUAUUAAUUAUGAGGAGGAAUCAUCAGAUAAUUAUGAAUUUGUUGCAGAUUUAACUAUGCAAGGAAUUCCUGUAAGUCAAGGUGUUACAAAGGGCUAUGCAAGAGUAGCAAUGACAUUAAACGAGGCUGCCGAUUUGAAGCCGGGAGAAAUUCUAAUAACCUAUUCUACUGACAUUGGCUGGAGUCCAUAUUUUCCCAUCAUCUCUGGAGUGGUCACAGAGUUGGGCGGACUCAUUUCUCAUGGAGCUGUUGUUAGUCGUGAAUAUGGCUUACCAUGCGUUGUGGGAUUACAAGGAGCAACGAAAAGAUUUCGUACAGGAGAUUAUGUUCUACUUGAUGGGAAGAAAGGAAUUUUGCAGAGGCUACCUCAACCAGAUCAAUAAAAAUAAAGACUGUUUUAUCAAUUGCCAUUUCAUGAACUAAGUCACAAUCGAAUAAAUUUUUCUCUCAUUAUAAUAAUCUUUAGAAGUUGGCUUUUUUCAAAGAACUAAUCCAUUAAGGUUGUCGCGCUCUCAGUAUUAAAUGCUUUUUCAAAGAGCAGUAAA